AUGCGCGGAGGUGCCCACGGAGGUGCGCACGGAGGUUACCGCGGAGGUGCCCUCCACCGCGACGGACAAGGUGCAGUCGCCAGGUGCAAGCAUUGUUGCCAUCAUCGCACGCCUUCCCUGCAGACGGUUUGCUCUGCAGCGUUGUUGAUUCCGUUGCUGUCGCACGCCUUCCCUGCCCCCAUCACCUCCACGCGCGUCUUUCGAGGCGCCUCAAAAGGCGGCGAUGGUGCUGCCAUGCUCGCAGCACUGCCCUCCGCCGCGUCAGCCAAGGCGCGAGCCGCCACCCAUGCUGCCCGCCAUCGACCUGGGCAAUAA